UUAAGGACAAGCUCACUGACCCUGGUCAGUAAAAUCUUAGCCAUCUCUGGUUCCUGUUUCCCCACCCCUAGAGGCCUUUCUGCCUCUUGUUUUCCAACCAAAUCCCAAGAGGGAAGCAUCUUUGAACUAUUGUAGACCCUUGGUUUCUCCUUGUCUCUGUCUACUGCUUUGCUCCUCUGUCUCCCUGUGUGUCUGUCUCUCUGUAAUUCUCUCCCCUCUCUACCCCUAGCAGUAGCAACACUCAAAACUCCACCUCCCAGCAAGCAAGAACACCAAAGGGCUGACAUUGGUGACCUUGCAUUCCCAUGUUCUUGACAAUUUACCAAGUAGAUAAACUUCAGCCAGAAAAUUCAGCCCCACAGCGCUGGCUUCCUGUGUUCGGAUCUGAGGCCAUCCAGGAGAGGGAGGCGGGCCAAGAAGGUUACAAAACUCCUUUUGAGAAGAGGUUGGGAGGAAGGCGUGGGCACACCUGGGUAAAGGAGCAGGCAGUCGUUCCAGGAAGGGAAAUAGACUACGAGGGAGGAGAGGACUAUGAGAAGGAGUUCGACCCCAAAGACUACCUGGCCACCUUCUACGCCUUCAACUCGGGCACCAUGGCUGAAAACGAAAUCCUGAAAUUUAACCUGGAAAACCUCUUCCAGACCUUCACUGCAGGAGGAGUGCAUGGUGACCUGUUGAUUGACAUUGGCACCAGCCCCACCAUCUAGCAGCUGCUCUCAGCCUGCGAGGGCUUUGGCGAGAUGAUCACUUUGGACUACAGUGAGCAGAACCUUUGGGAGCUGGAGAAGUGGCUGAGGAAGGAGCCCGGCACAUAUGACUGGUCUGCCACCAUGCAAUAUGUGUGUGAGCUGGAAGGAAACAGGCACAGGUGGCAGGAGAAGGAAGCCCAGCUCUGAAAAACAGUCAUGAGGUUGCUAAAGUGCGAUGUGACCCAGCUGCACCCACUGGGAUCAGCCCAGGUGCCACCGGCUGACUUUGUGCUGACGCUGCUGACCCUGAAGAGCACCUGUACCAGUGUGAACACGUACCCGGUGGCCAUGUGGGGCCUGGCCAGCCUGCUGAAGCCAGGCAGACACCUGGUCACCAUGGUCACCCUGCAUUCACAGCACUACAUGGUGAGCCUGAAGGAGUUCUUCAGGCUCCACCUAGAGAAGGAGACAGUGGAGUCAGCCUUGAAGGAACUGAGGUGUGACUACCGCCCCAUCAGCUACUCUGAAACCUGCUCCAACAAUAAGGGCAUCUGCUUUGUGGUUGCCUGCAAGGGCUCCAGUGUCUAA